CCAAAUAACGCCCCCCUCCCCCUUCCCCGGGCUAGGAACCUGGCGUACGGCUAAAACUCGUGCACUAUUAUUUUCACGUUCGUUUUUUCGCCCCCAUUGGAUACUUACGUGACCAACUACGUAAUAUGUUACGUGACUGAAGACGCUUAGUGGUUUGCGGUAUUUGUAACAAAAGUAUGCCCUGACAGCACGUGACUUCAAAAAAAAAAUCAAACAAAAAUGGCGACAGACGACGAUUUAGAUGAGAUACGUGCCUCAAGUCGUUCGGUUUUUUGGCGAUGAAUGAAGGCAACUACGGAGUUGCCGCGUGGAGCAAUGCCUCAGCUAUAUUUACUUUUCACAAGUCUGCCAGAGAACGUGCAGAGAACGUUUUAGCCAGCCAUGUCAAACGCAGCCGUGGACGCUUUUGUGCUGCCGAGCUCCACUCAGGGAGAGUUUUCCUUGGGCGAUCUCGAUGCAGAGAACAUUAAGACUAUAGAAGAAACUAAGGCGCGGAUUCAAGGAAAUCUUCACUCAUCUCGUGAUCCUGGUCUGCUAAACGCAAUGGUGGAUUAUUACUUGAAAACGCGCUCUCCUGCUUGCUUGCAGAUAUUGAGCAGCAUACACGAGGCUCGUGCACAGGCAUUAUUUGAGAAAAUGAACGAUUGCCUGCGACACUCGCCUUCCCGUUUGGACACCUUAACACUACUGGGACACAUCGUACGAAAACAGGUAUUUAAAAAAAAACAAUUAUGUGGAAAGGAAAUUUAAUAUGUAACAUAAUUAAUCUUUAUUUCUAAAAUGCCAGACUUUUUGUAAAUGGGAUCAAUUUUUGUUUGAAGGCUUGGGACAACUUGAUUUCAGCUCUUUAAGCCGCGUGAAUUUAUUUUCACACGUGUUUUGCGCAUCACAGAAACCGAACGUGUGGAUCACGUUUUUCGUUUUAUCGUGUGUGCAAGUCAUCACUCUUUUAACCUGGUAGUUAUUGUGCUGGUUUUCCAUUAACUAAUUAAGUCUCGUGGUUUGGUGGUCUGAUCCUAUCUAUUUUAAGACUUUGAAGUCAGGGAAGCUUCAGAAUGUGACUGCUGUCAAACCCAACAUCUUUUGUCAUGUGGACAGUAGCCAAGGUCCCAAAAUGUCUUUCUUUUUUAGCUGUAAAAUGGACACCUAAAA